CUCCCCCUGCAGCGCCUGCAGGAUGAAGUUGCUGACCACCCGGCCAUCGUUCAUGUGCAGCUCGGAGUCGGGCGGCCGCAGUGCGCGGCCCGGGAUGCUGAGCCAGCCGCUUCUUCGCCUAGCGUCCGCCGUCAGCCGCAGGAGGAUGAAGCUACUGCUGGGCAUCGCGCUGCUCGCCUACGUGGCCUCUGUUUGGGGCAACUUGGUUAACAUGAGGUCCAUCCAGGAAAACGGGGAGCUGAGAAUUGAGAGCAGGAUUGAAGAGAUCAUUGAACCACUAAGGGAGAAAAUCAGAGAUUUGGAAAAGAGCUUCACCCAGAAAUACCCGCCAGUAAAAUUUUUAUCAGAAAAGGACCGUAAAAGAAUUUUGGUAACUGGGGGCGCAGGCUUUGCGGGUUCCCACCUCACAGACAAACUCAUGAUGGACGGUCACGAAGUGACCGUGGUGGACAACUUCUUCACCGGCAGGAAGAGGAACGUGGAGCACUGGAUCGGCCACAAGAACUUUGAGCUGAUCAACCACGACGUGGUGGAGCCACUGUACAUCGAAGUGGACCAGAUCUACCACCUGGCCUCUCCUGCCUCACCUCCCAACUACAUGUACAAUCCCAUCAAGACACUGAAGACCAACACCAUCGGAACACUAAACAUGCUGGGGCUGGCAAAGCGCGUUGGGGCCCGUCUACUCCUGGCCUCCACCUCAGAGGUGUACGGAGACCCUGAAGUCCACCCACAGACCGAGGAUUACUGGGGCCAUGUGAAUCCCAUAGGACCCCGAGCCUGCUAUGAUGAAGGGAAGCGAGUCGCUGAGACCAUGUGCUAUGCCUACAUGAAGCAGGAGGGUGUGGAGGUGCGUGUGGCCAGGAUCUUCAACAAGAUUCUUAAUUGAAGGACAUCUGCAGAG